AUGACUGUCUUAUCUCCUGGUGAUAUUCCUACUCCUGCCUCUUCGUCGAGGUUCCUCAACGUCACACAGAAGGUCCACCGCAGGACCAACUCCAGCAGCACCACGGAUGUCAGCCUUCUGGAAUUAAACCCUGAUAAUAGGUCUGAAAGGGGCUAUAGCAGCGAUUCGGGAUUCUUUUCAAAAUUUAUUCGGAAAGCCCGUCUUCUUGGUAGAUAUAAAUCCAAGAAGAUUCCCCACGCCUUGCCCUCAGGAUCACCUGCAGACGUCUCGGUACCAGUCAUCACUGUCGAUACUCCUGAAUCGACAGGGGCUACCAUUACACGAGAGUCAGAAACGGUACAACUUCUUCAGUCAGAAGGAAACAUUCCUCCUCCUCAACCACUCAUUUCCAAUCCGACCGGCUCACGCGGCACAGCUCAGCCUUCGCGUUUGGUGACUUCCGCCCUUCGAUACGAUAUUUUCCAUGCGAACGCUCCCAAACCUACAGUUCGAUCUCCAACUCCUAUACAUAUUCGAGCACGGAUGGAAUCCACCUUGCAGCUCAUGUUUUGUGCCAGACUGUUGAUCGAGGACCAUCAUCUUUCAACAUCUCAAAGCAGGCCCACCGGGGUCUGCGUCCUCGAUGAUGCUGAACGCCAAUGGUUGGACGCCAUUCAGGACGAUCUAUCAGCGCAGACUCGCAUUCGCUGGUUGGUGUCCAAGUUAGUCGCAGAGUUCCUUAAGGAUCCAUCUCCUGGACCUGAAGCUAUCGUUGAAGUAGUUAUCCUUGGUCCCGUUCUUUGUGAAGCCGACUAUCGUGCAUUGCUCUCGUGGUUCAUUGAGCGAUUCGACAAGUCUGCUCUGCUCAAUGACCUUCUUCAAGGAAUGAUCCAACUGCUCCAGUCCGCACCGUCCGGGUUUCUGACUGAUGAUGAUUUGGUCCGCAUCGCGAGCUCUCUUCGCAUGCGCCUAGAAUCCACCCAUGCGCCUGACAGAGCUCAUAUCUACUAUCUGGUUUUUGCAAUCUCCAAGGUCCUAGAGGUCAUGGUCAGGGGAGAGGUCAAGGGUUUGAACCGCCAGCGAGACCAUCAACCGCUUUUGGCAGCUUUGCGCAACCUGAAAGGCGUGGACGAUGACGAGUUUCUCAAGUUCCUAGUCAGCUACGCCUACCAGAUGUCAUUGUAUCUUCCUGACGACGAGACGUCCUUUCAGGCGUUUUUGCGAUACGCCGAGUCGGUUGCAGUCGGAGUUUCGGCUGUCGGAAGCGUCUUCAAGUUGGAUCCCAUGAGUGCCCUUGCUGCUGUAGAUCAUAUCCAGCAAGUUGCUGGCAACGCUAUUGAUCUCGUCAAGUUCAGCGUUGAUGGCGUCCGGGCCUUUCAAGCAACUGCGGAAGGAGCCUCCCAGGCCGCUGAAAUGGCCUACUGGUCCCAGAAAAAGCAGCCCUGGUUUCUCGCCUUACAGGUGGGAUAUUUGUUUGUCCAGGACGGUCGAUUGGUCGAUUUCAACACCCUGGUCUGUGAUGCCACCUGCCAUUACGACGUCAACUUUCAGCGCGGAGUUUGCCAGAUCCUUGGAGAGGUUGCUCUUAACCCGCUAUGGGAUGAUGGGAGUCGUAGGAGUGCCAUUGACUUUCUGGGAGAGCUUUUCAAAACUGACGCAGUCCGGAGGAAAGAUAUCAAGGUCAGGAAGUGGGUUGCGUCCAUUCUUCAACAAAUCUCCAGUUCGACAUCGCCAGAAGUCAGUAGUCAUGCGCGCACAUUGCUUGACGACCUGCAGCAGGAGCACACCUUCGACAUUAAGGAAUGCCGCGCACUGCAUACGCUUUUGCCGAUACCGACAGUGUUCCCUCUUCUCGAGCGAGCAUUGGACAUAGCCGACAUUGAUCACGAGCUAGCUUGCAUUCGGUUCCGAAGCCUCGAAGAGUGUUUACAUCCCAUCUCCAUUCCACUCCGCGCGAAGGCAACAUUGCCGGCACCAGAAAACGAGUCACCUCCUUUGAUGGCGAGAGUGCAAAAGUUCCUACAAUCAAACAAACUUGUCUUCCUGUUACUAGGAGACUCUGGUUCUGGAAAGUCGAUAUUCUGCAGGCAGCUUGAACGGGAACUAUGGAACCAACACCAACACAGCGACGGUGGCAGGAUCCCACUCUACAUCAAUUUAUCUUCCAUCGACAACCCUCACUGCGGCCUCAUCGAAAAAUUCUUGCAACACCACAACAUUUCGGAGCCGAUAAUCCAGAACUUGAAGGACCGUCGACAAUUUGUACUGAUCUGCGACGGAUACGACGAACCUCGCCUUAUUCAUAACCUUCACGCCACCAACGGACUUAAUCGACCGGGACAGUGGAAGGUCAAGACGAUCAUCACCUGCCGCAGUAACUAUCUCAGUCCGGAAUAUCAAGGCCGAUUCUACCCUCUUGGAAACGACAAAUACCAAAACACUUCUGGACUCUUCGAGGAGGCGACCAUUGCUCCAUUCCAGGAGAGCGACAUCCAGGAAUUCGUCAGGCAGUAUGUACUCAACUUUGCCGCCCAAGUGCCUUCCGACAAUCCGUCCGCUCCAAAUUUCGAUGACUACUGGAAGAAACUCUCUGUUAUCCCCAACUUGAUGAACCUAGUCUCGAAUCCGUUCCUGUUGACCCUCGCCUUGAAGGCCUUGCCGUCGCGGUCGAUCGAGGCUCUAGAUUCCAAAGGUCUUCGAGCCAUGCAACACCAUCUCUACGACGGUUUCGUUCAAGAGUGGGUUCGGGUUCAACGCGAUCGACUCGAAGGUACCAUAUCCAAGCAAGAUAUUCGCGCGGCCUUCGACAAUCUUCUCGAGGACGGAUUUGCCCGGCGCGUCACCGAAUACCUCAAGAGACUCGCAAAUGCUAUAUAUGAUCACCAAGGCGGCAAUCCUGUCGUCACGUUCUUACGAAAGGACAAAAAAGGAUGGAAGGUGGAGUUCUUUGGGCCAGAAAUCGAGACCAGAUUGUUACGUGACGCUAGUCCUUUGAAACGAGCAGGAAUAGAAUACCAGUUCAUUCACACGUCAUUGCUCGACUACUUUCGCUCCAUCGCCUUCUUCGAUCCCGACGACUGCGAUGACGGUGACUUUGAUGACGGCGAUGACGGCGAUGACGAUUCCCGAGGCGGGGGAGAUGGCUUCCAUGGCGGCGGAGGAAAUUCUUUGGGCGAUGGUGGCAACGGCCUGGUUGACGACAAUGGCGACUCGACAGGCGGAAACGGGGACUCAACUGGCGGCAAUGCUGAAUCGACAGGCAACAAUGGUGGAUCGUCGGGUGGCAACGGUGGGUCGUCUGGUGGUAAUGGUGGCUCUGCCAGCGGGAACCAAAACUCGUCUGGCGGCGGCGGUAAUUCAUCUGCUGGCAGCGGUGGGAGUUCCACAGGUGGCAACAACGACGGCUCUCGCGGUGACAAGGACAGCUCCAACGGGGAUGAAGAUGGCUCCCGUCGGCCAAAGGAUGAUGCCGGCUCCAAAAGAAAAGGCAACACCACCAAGUCACGUCCCUCCACAUCAAGCGACCUCUUCUCCAAGCACAAUCUUCUCAAGGAACCGUCGGUCCUGGAGUUUUUGGUGGACCGCGCUAUAUCGGAUUCACGCUUGAGGAAGCGGCUGUUCUCAGCCAUCGAGAAAUCUAAGGUGUCCUCCGCUCCUAGCAUGGCCGCGGCGAAUGCCAUCACCAUCUUGCUCAAAUCUGGGAACCUAUUCCAGGAUGCCGUUCUGGACGGCGUCUCUAUUCCAAGCGACUAUAUGUCAAUGGCAACGGGAAGCACGGAGCCGGUUCAGCUGCCUGAGACUGGUGGAGAUCUCAUGAAGGUGUUAAUGACGCCUAUUAUUCCAGCCUCAGCAUCCACUGUUAUUGCCACAACACUCUCUGUCCCUGUUUCAGCUCCCACUGUUCCAUCCCCGAUGAUUUUCUCAACUACGAUCGCCCAAAAGACACCCGAUGCCUCCGUGUACCGAUCAUUGUUCGUGUAUUUAUUUUCUGAUCCUAGCAGUUACAACGACCACGACGAAUUUGCUGCGCAGUCCGAUAUUAGUUCCACUGACCCUGCGUUGCUCGAUGUCGAAAGUCCAUUGUUCAAGCGCAGCCUCCUCACCGAGCCAUCGGUCAUCCACUUCCUGUGCAAGCGAGUCAAGCAGCACCCCGAUUUCGCGAAGCAGCUCCUAGCCGUCAUCGAGCAGUCCAAGGCCGAUGCCACUGCUACCACCGCCGCUGCCAACGCCAUCACCAUCCUUAUCCGAGCCGGGGUCCUUUUCAACGGCGCCGACCUUCGAGGCAUCCGCAUCGCAGGAGCAGAUCUUUCCGACGGUCAGUUCGAUUCCGCGCAGUUGCAGGGGGCCGAUCUGACGGGUGUCAACUUUGCAAGGAGUUGGCUGAGGCAGGUGGAUUUUAGUGAUGCACAGAUGGACGGUGUUCGGUUUGAGGAGCUGGAUGAUGUUCGGUUUGAGAAGCUGCUAUAUCGACAAGAGCGCGAUGCAAUUGAAGUCGUCGCUUUUUCGCCCAAUGGGAAAGUGUUUGCACUCUGUCUAAGCGACGGAGGCCUGAUUACUUACGACACUACAGUAUGGACUCGAGUUCAUCAACACAAAGAAAAGAGUGGUGGGGUGUUGAGUAUCGCCUUUUCACCUGAUAGCAGACACCUUGCGCUUGGGAGCAAAAACGGGCACUGUCGAUUAUGGGAUACUGUUAAUGGCGAGACUUUGUUGUUCAUGGCGGGACACACAGGUUGGGUGAGGUCGGUCGCAUUUUCACCCUACGACAAGCAGAUCGCGUCGGCCAGCGAUGACAGCACGAUUCGGUUGUGGAGCUCGGUGACAGGAGAGUGCUUGUUUGUCUUGAAGGGUCAUGGAAAUAUUGUUUUGAGUGCUAGAUAUUCAGCCGAUGGACGGAGACUUGUUUCGGGCAGCACUGAUAGGACGGUUCGAGUGUGGGAUCCGAAGACAGGAACACAAGAGGCUGACUGGGUGAUCCCUCGUGUUAAUUGUCAGCGCGUGGGCGUUUCUGCAGAUGGAAGGCAGUUCGCCCUCAUGGCUGGUUCGAUGCGUGCCGAGAUUCGACUCGUGGAUGCAAUGACCAGAGAGGCGGGUCUGAUUCCGAACUGUGAUGCCACCUCGCUAACAGAUAUUGCAUUCUAUCCAAUUGGCAUGUCGAUCGACUCGCCGAGUGGGGACAAUACCAUCCUGCUGUAUGACUCGGUGAAUGGGGACAACGCCGUCCGGCUGUGGGAUUCAUCGCAUGGACAACUCAUUUCCAAGUUGUCGGGCCAUAGCAACCAGAUCACCGCCUGUACCUUUUCCCCAGACGGCCUACAAAUCGCUUCAGGAGAUCGGAGCGGGAUUAUACGACUCUGGGAGGUGAACACUAACCGGUCGAGUUCCGCCACACAAGAACUUGCCGCCAAGGUUCGGACUGUGGCAUACUCUCCUGACGGUCUGUUUAUAAUCUCUCAUAGUGGCGACAACAUCAUUCAAUGCUGGAACUCAUCCACAGGAGCUUCCAGAUCCAUUCCGUCAUCGUCCACACCCGAUGUAUACUCGGUCGCGUUAUCACCUAAUGGCCAUUGGUUUGCGGUUGGUUGCAGAGACGGGAAUAUUCGGCUGGUGAACGUCGGGGCCGAUGUUAUCGAGCGCGUUCUCCUCGGAACUUCCGACCACCCAGUUCUUGAUAUGAGUUUUUCACGCUGUAGUCGGUGGUUGGCCUCACGCAACGGUGUAGGGUCUGUACGAUUAUGGGACCUUGAUGGUACCGAUGAUCAAGAGAGGGCCGAUUUGCACUGCCCGGGAGAUUACGUCGCGUUCUCCCCCGUCGAAGAUCAGCUUGCAGUUGGAUUGCCAUCAAGCUCAAAAGUCCCAUCUAGACUUUGUCUUUUCGAUCCCCGAGUCACAGACCUCCGCCAACCUUUGAAGGAAGUGACUUUAUCAGGCAGGCUAAACUCAAUGGACUACUCGCCAGAUGGCCAACGACUCGUACUUGGUACUGAUGCCUCCUCGGUCCUGCUCUGGGACCUUCAAUCAGACAAGCUUGAUAUCAACCUCGAAGGUCACACUGGCAUGGUGCUCAGCGUCGCCUACUCUCCAUGUGGCAAGUGGAUCCUUUCAGGAAGUCGCGACAAGACGGUGCGUCUCUGGUCAGGCGGGGUCGACAGUUGGUCCUGUGUUGCUGUUGUCUGUGGAUGUUCAGAGGCCGUUACAAGCGUAUCAUGGAAUCCGGUGGUCCCCUUAGAGUUUGUCGCUGGUUCCGAUGAUGGGUCUGUUCGAGUGUGGCGUAUUUCGGUUGCCGAAGAAGGAGACGUUUCGGUCCGUAUGCGCUGGGGCUCUCACAUCGGGCGGCUGUGCACCGCGAAUCUGAAUUUCAAGGGAGCCGUUGGUCUCAGUCCGAUCUAUCGCAAGUUGUUGGUCUAG